UUUUUCAGGUUGCCUUCGUUUCUCUAGUUUUUAGAGUCUGUAUCUGCUUUUCUGUAUGAUGGUGUCAGAUAAAAAAAGAGGACUCUUCAGUCUUCUGUCUUUGUUAGUGUUUUAGGUUUACUUUACAUAGACUCUCAGAAAGACUUUGUUUAACCUGCAUUAAUUCACACUGAGAAAACCAAGAUGGCUGCAAUAAUCUCAGAAAACUUAAAAUUCGUUGGGCUCUUCUUCAAGAGUAAGAAUGUCGUGAUCUUCAAUGGCCUGAUAGGUUUAGGGACAGUAGCCAGUCAGACAGCAUACAAUAUUUUUGCAUUUCACUGUCCGUGUUCACCAAAGAAGAAUUACCUGUAUGGCCUGGUAGCCAUUGGUGCACCAACUCUGGCUUUCUUUGUCAUCGGGGUGAUGCUGAAUCGAAAUACUUGGGACUUUGUGUCAGAGUGCCGCACCAGAAAAUGUCGGAAAUUAUCAUUGUCUGCUGCUUUUGCUCUGUUGGGCUCCAUUUUGGGCAGAGCGGUUGUUGCCCCCAUCAAUUGGUCAGUUAUUUCCCUCCUGAGAGGGGAGGCGUAUGUCUGUGCUUUCAGUGAGUUUAUAGACCCCUCUUCUUUGGAUUAUUUUCCUUCUACUACAAAGACUCCAGAGAUAAUGGCCCGAUUUCCAUGUAAGGAUGUACCCGCUCCAUUUAUGAACUACUCAAGAGUGAUUGAACGCCAGCUAAAGUAUGAAUCCCAGUUGUUAGGCUGGAUGCUGGUGGGAAUCGUCUCCCUCGCUGUCUUUCUGCUCCUCUGUCUGAAACACUGCUGCUCUACCCUUGGCUAUCAGCAGGAGGUGUACUGGUCCCAGUAUCGUUCCAGCGAAGAAGCUCUUUUCCAGCGUACAGCUGAAGUACAUGCUAAAUACCUUGCUGCUGAAUGUGUCAAGAACUUCUUUGGCUUUGCGGCCUUGGAAGAUAAAGAGAAGCAACUCCUAGAAGACUGUGAGGGAAUCAAGAGCAUCAUUCCCAGAAUGGAGUGGAACCGCGUCACAGGGGUUUAUAUGUACAGAGAGACUGAUGACACUCCCAUCUACAGCCGCUUAAACAAAUGGGAUAUGUAUACAAAGGAGAACAACUGUUAGGCAGAUGGAAAACAUUUGAUAUAUUCUUCAUUAUUCAUACAUUCAUACAUAAUUUUUUUAAUUGUUUUUAUUGUUUGUUGUUGUUCCUUCUUCGUGGUAAACAUGCUUGACUGUUAUGUUUAUAUUUAUCACUGAAGCCUGUAAUUCAGAUUGUUCGGUUUCUUUCUUUCUAGAGAGGUGAUUGGCAGCUCAAAUUGUAAUAUUUUGAUAACACACAAUUAACUAUUUAGCAUCUCUUUUAAGAGACAUGAUGUACUCUCGGGUUGAGAUGACCUCUUGUUAUACUUUGCAAAGCA